CGAGACGCUGUGCUACACACCACUCCUUUGUCUGCAGCACCCAUUUCGCCAGAGAUGGCGCUUUAGCAUAAUCCAACUGCACUCGCUCUGUUGAAGAAUCCUGCGAACUCGAGAAUAGACCGACAUGGCCCGCGAGCGCGACGGUCUCCUGUCCGAGAAACACUACGAUGAAGAUGCGGCUAUUGUUCCCCCCGAUUCAGGAUCUGAUACUGAGGUAGAACUGGACGGCGCAGGUCAUGUCAGGGAGGGCGACAGAGACAUCCUCAAAGAGACCGAAGAGCAUGAGAAACUGUUGCACAAGCCCUCGAGGUUGGAGACAGCACGAGCCGCAUUUGGGUUCCGCGAAGGAAGGCAAGAUGAAGGAAACAAUGCCGCCAAAGCUCGGAGGCACAGGCGCAAGAAGUCGAGAAGAAGUGGAGCGGAAUCUGCAGACAAAAUGUUUGAGAUGGAGAGCGGGUUCAAGGACACCAGCUCCCAAUCCUCCACGGACAGCGAGUUCGAGGGCACCAAAUGGGACAGGCAUGCUCCCAGAAAAUCCCAUCGUGGACGCCUGACCAUGAUAUAUCUGGCUAUUGUUGCACUCUUCGUCGCCCUGCUCUUUGGCGCCUACAAAGCUUCUACGAAGAAACACUCUCUCACGCCCACGAUGCAUCGGUUGACCAGGUACAACAACGGCACACAUGUUUUCCGACCGACAACAAUACUCGUCUCUCUUGAUGGCUUCCGUGCUGAUUUCCUCAAUCGCGGCAUUACUCCAGCCCUGAAUGCCUUCAUAGCGAGUGGGGUGUCUCCCAAAUACAUGCUUCCAUCGUUCCCAUCUGUCACGUUUCCGAACCACUUCACCUUGGUGACCGGUCUGUAUCCAGAAAGCCACGGCGUGGUCAGCAACCAAUUCUGGGACCCCUCGUUGCAAGAAGAGUUCUGGUACACUAACAUCAAAGUCUCGAUGCAGCCCAAAUGGUGGAACGCAGAGCCACUUUGGGUUACGGCCGAGCAUCAGGGUGUGCGUUCUGCGAUUCACAUGUGGCCGGGUUCUGAAGCGCAUAUACCUGAUGUGGAGCCGACGUACGUGGACAAAUACAACGGGAGUGAGGCAUUGUCUCAUAAGGUGGACAAGGUUUUGCAGUGGCUCGAUCUGCCUGGCGACGAUGACGAAGCUCCCACUCAGCAGGAGAACCUUCGACCGCAGCUUAUCGCAGCAUACGUUCCCAACGUUGAUGCGGACGGACAUCUCUACGGCCCGAACAGUACAGAGAUCAGAGCCACCAUUGCCGAUGUCGACAGCAUGUUGACUUUGCUAGUGGAAGGUCUUCUCGCGCGCAACCUGACCGAAAUUGUCAAUCUUGUGAUCGUCUCCGACCAUGGAAUGGCCACUACCUCCACAAAUCGACUGAUUCAACUCGACGACCUUAUGGAUAUGUCCUUGAUCGAUCACAUCGAUGGCUGGCCCCUUCGAGGUCUACGUCUAAAGAAUCCAGCCCGUGACGUCCCCAUACUCUACGAACAGCUCUCUCAAGAAGCCGCCAAAUCAGGUAACUUCGAUGUCUACACCCUCGAAACCAUGCCUGAGCGUUAUCAUUUCACGCAGAACGACCGCAUCGCGCCUCUGUGGAUCGUUCCCAAAACCGGCUGGGCAGUCGUGGAGAAAUCCGACUUCGACGUCGCCGAAGCGCUGAGCACGGGCAAAGAGUACGCACCGAAGGGGUUGCAUGGCUACGAUCACGAACACCCCCUCAUGAGAGCCAUCUUUGUGGCAAGGGGGCCUUCAUUCCCGCACGCACCCAAUAGUCGAGUACCCGUUUUCCAGAAUAUCGAGGUGUACAAUAUCAUGUGUGAUUCGUUAGGUAUCGUCCCGCAACCGAACAACGGGACUUUGCGGCUUCCCUUGAAAACCGAGGGUUUGAAUUCCGAGAAUGAUAGACCGGGGUCGGAGCCCAUCGCAGAUCCCAUUGACGAGGACGAACAUCACGAGGGAGAGACCUCGGACGCGACUGCCGAUCCAGUCGAGGAGGAGAAACAUCCGCAGGAAGAAGCUCCCGAUGUCGAUUCCAAUUCUCCCGUUGAAGCGCCAACCGAACCCGAGAAGGAAAACGAGACGACACCCAACGACGAGCAGGGAAGCAAGAAAGGCAGCUGGUGGAAUUUUCUCCACGAAGAGCUCGAAAAGGCGAAACAAUGGGCCAAAGAGUUUGUGGAGUCGAUCAAGGGCAACAAGAAAGGGGAAGGCGAUCCACCUGUGUGAAAGAAGCUGUGACACAAAUGGAGCGUUAUAGUUAUCCUUCAAGCACGUCUUGUCCCGACCUUUCUAUCCGAUGUUGGCUCAAUCUCAUCCGAAUCUAUUUUCCGUGGAAGAGGAGGAUCCCUGUUUUCAUGGAUGAAUUUAUGAAAGGGUACGGGCACGGUGGUCAGUCACUCGCUGCUGCGUGCGAGGCAAGUACCUCGAAACGCAGCAGCCAGCCACACGAUGCCGACAGUCUCCGUCGGUAUACCCUCCGAGGUGUCGACAGUCGUACCGAAGCAAGGGUCUGUCCUAGGAGGCAUCGAGCGCUAAAGUCUCCUGUUCGACGCCAGAGAGGUGGCACCAAGGCAGGCGGGAACCUUCAGAAUGGCAUCCAACGCGACACCAUCCGGUGCAAUGCGCUUUGUUGUGUUACGCUACAUGGCGCACGUCCCGAACGAGGCAUGAAACCUAACCUCGAGUGCCUCGUGGAUGUUUCCGGCAUGGAUGAAGCCAGGAAGGCUGACAGGCCGCUAACAAGGAGAUAUGGACUACAAGGGAGUGUGGUUUAAUUCCUCCAAGCGAGUUAGAGGGCAAUCCUCUUUCUACCAGGUCUAUCAUAUGCAAUUCUAUUCUAUCUACCUUGAAGGUGUCACGUAUAGCUAGCAUAGCGUAUAGAACGGGUAUCGGAGUUCUCUUGACCAUUUCAUGGAUUGUGUGGACUGUGGAUCAUUAUCUACUUGUAUGGAAAUGGUGUGUUCACUGAUACUCCCAGAGGCCGCCUCUAGUGUGAUGCUUUCACUGCCCGUGCCAUCCCCGUCAUUAAAAAACACAAACAAGCCUG